AUGACUGCAAGCAACCCGACGCGGACUACGGUCUGGCUGGGGCUUGCUCUGCUGUUUUCCGGGCUCACUACAUCUGCCAGGGCAGGCAACAUAGCAGAGGCUUGCGCAACGUAUACCGGUGACCUGGAAAUCGCCAACCUCACGGAUUUUGUUAACCUGACGGGCAUCGAGAGAAUUGAUGGCGAACUGAAAUUCGACAACUCCCUUGCCGUUCAAGACGGUGCCACCAUCUACAGCUCGACCCUCAAUAACAUCACUGGAGGGUUCCUGGUCUAUGGCCCUUCAGAAGCCGAUCGGCCUUACGGGUGGCUGAACGUGUCGCUGCAGGCCCUGCAGGAGGCCUACUCCAUCGGUGUCUACGGACCAUGGGCCCGAGUGCUGCUGGACACGGCUCCGGAGCUGAAUGUUACGGACGCCUUUAUUGUCCAUGGAGCUGACAUGAUGCAAGCUUCUGAUCUCUACGUGAACGCCACUUACGUGUGGUUUCUCCAAGUGACCGACAUUGACUUCUUGUCGGACAGCGUUCUGACGUCCUCAACUGAUCGGGUCGGGUAUGUGGUCGUGAAGGGCAACAAAGGACUGAAGCAGGUACAGCUCGAGAGCCUUGAGUAUGCCAGAUAUGCCAUCAAAAUCUUUUCCAAUCCAGAUCUCGACAACAUUUCAAUGCCACUCACCAAUGCGAGCUUUGUGCAAAUCCAAAACAAUGGCCGCGAUGCAGUGGCCUCCCUUCCGGAGCUGGAGUUUCUCGGAAAUCGCAGCCACGAAUCCUCCAUGAUUUCUGCUAUGGGCGCAGGCGCCGUCUUCCAGGACUUGAUCGACAUCAGCCUUCCCAAGCUGAAGCAAGUCCACGGCGACUGGAGGUUCUUCGGGAAGCUGAACUUCACAUCAAAUCUAUUCUCAGAACUCUACCUCCCGCGCCUCGAGACAGCGAACUGUACCUUCGGCAUCGACGACAAUGUUGCACUGAAUGACCUCUGGCUGCCCCGUCUCGACUAUGUCAAAGACCUCGAGAUCCACGCGAACCCACGCCUACGCAAUGUGACAGCGAACCUCCUCAAGACGGCGGACAAGAUUAACAUGACGGGCCCCUUUACCAACGUCGAGUUCUUCAGCGUGGAGACGGUGACGGGAGAUUUCUACCUCGUCGGGGAUGACACGAUGGACUGUUCAUGGUUUGACGAACACUUUCUGAACAAUAUUGUCCAGGGCUCAUACAAGUGCGUUGGCAACCAUACCAAGCCUGAGACGGAGCGGAAGCCCAGCACGCCGACGGAUGAAGCUCAGCUGGAAGCUUGGGGGUCGGGUAAAGAUGGUGGUAGCGACAGUGGCGACGACACCGGAGACCAAGAGGGCUCGAGCUCCGGAGACAGUUCCAAUGGAGGAAGUGGAGGAGGUCUCUCAACUGGAGCGAAGGCGGGCAUUGGAGUUGGUGUUUCCGUCGUGGCCUUGGCCUUGAUACUUGGCGCUUGGUUACUCUAUCGCAAGAAGAAAGCACAGAGAGCACCCGAAGCUGCGCCAACCGUUGACCCGGGGUUCCAAAAGGCUGAACUUGAUGGAAAUGCCAACCCAACUCCUGUGGGUAUGGAGAAAGAUGAGAGCAAAAUGGGCGUCACAGAAACGGUACAGGUUGGGGAGCUGCCUGAUUCAGGGAAGGUCGAAUUGCCCGCUAGAACGGCGAGGGUCGAACUCCCAGCUUGA